UUCCUUCCUGGCCACGGUUCACCCCGUUGACUGCAACAUAUAACAACGCAGCUUCCCCUCCUGCCAAUUUCUUUCCUUUCUCAUCCUUCGUUUCUUCUCCCCCUCUCGUGUCCCGAAUCCAUCCUCCCGCUCGUUUCUCUUGCCCACUCUACGCCUUCUCUGCGUUUCCCCAAACUCAAACCAGCUUUCGAACUUUCAGUGCGUGCUGCUCACUUCGAGACCUCAUUUUCUUCCAGCGUUGUUCCCCCCGCAUAUCGUACAGUCGCCGACUGUGAUCCUCUCUCUACACAACUUGUUUUCUGCGUUGUAUAUUCUUACAGCGGCCGAACAUGUGUGGUAUUUUCGGCUACAUAAACUAUCUCAUCGAGAGAGACCGGAGAUAUAUUGUCGAUACAUUGCUCAAUGGACUCGCGAGACUUGAAUAUCGUGGCUAUGACUCUACUGGGCUAGCUGUCGACGGCGACAAAAAGAAUGAAGUCUUUGCGUUCAAGGAAGUCGGAAAGGUUGCCAAGUUGAAGGAGCUCAUUGAGGAGUGUAAACCAGAUGCGGAUAAGACCUUUGAAUCUCAUGCCGGAAUUGCCCACACUCGCUGGGCUACCCAUGGGCCGCCUUCCCGUCUGAACUGCCACCCGCACAGGUCCGAUGUCAAUUGGGAGUUUUCUGUCGUCCAUAAUGGCAUCAUCACCAACUACAAAGAGUUGAAGGCUCUUCUAGAGAGCAAGGGAUUUCGCUUCGAAACGGAAACAGACACGGAAUGUAUUGCUAAACUUGCCAAAUAUCUAUACGACCAGCAUCCGGACAUUGAAUUCACCGUACUAGCAAAGGCAGUGAUCAAGGAACUCCAGGGCGCUUUUGGCCUCCUCAUAAAGUCAGUUCAUUAUCCUUAUGAACUUAUCGCUGCCCGCAAAGGUUCACCGCUUGUGAUUGGCGUGAGAACAUCGAAGAAGAUGAAGGUUGAUUUUGUCGAUGUUGAGUAUUCGGAGGAUGGUGCUCUUCCCGCGGAGCAAGCCUCACAAAAUGCUGCUAUCAAGAAGUCCACUGCGAGUUUACUUGCCCCACCGGACAAAUCUUUGCUUCAUCGGUCGCAGUCUCGUGCAUUCCUCUCAGAUGAUGGCGUCCCUCAACCAGCAGAAUUCUUUCUGUCAUCGGACCCUUCUGCCAUUGUCGAACAUACCAAGAAAGUUCUAUAUCUUGAAGACGAUGACAUUGCGCAUAUUCAUGAAGGCCAACUUAACAUCCAUCGUUUAACUAAGGAUGAUGGCACAUCCAACGUUCGCGCUAUCCAAACCAUUGAGCUCGAACUGCAGGAGAUUAUGAAGGGUAAAUUUGACCAUUUCAUGCAAAAGGAGAUUUUUGAACAACCUGAAUCUGUGGUAAAUACUAUGAGGGGUCGUUUGGAUGUUGCGAAUAAGCAGGUCACAUUAGGUGGACUCAGACAGUACAUUUCUACGAUCCGUCGCUGCAGAAGGAUUAUUUUCAUUGCAUGUGGGACCAGCUAUCACUCAUGCAUGGCUGUGCGCGGUGUCUUUGAAGAACUUACUGAAAUUCCUAUCGCUGUCGAACUAGCGUCGGACUUCCUGGAUAGACAGGCUCCAGUCUUCCGGGAUGACACUUGUGUCUUCGUCUCCCAGUCCGGAGAAACUGCCGAUUCGCUCAUGGCCCUUCGCUACUGUCUCGAGCGAGGUGCUUUGACAGUUGGUAUUGUCAAUGUUGUUGGAUCUUCUAUUUCCCUUCUGACCCACUGUGGUGUACAUAUCAACGCUGGCCCUGAGAUCGGCGUUGCAUCCACCAAAGCCUACACAUCCCAGUUUGUCGCUAUGGUUAUGUUCGCCCUUUCUCUCAGUGAAGAUCGCGCUUCCAAACAGAAGAGGAGGGAAGAAAUCAUGGAGUCUCUUGCUAAAGUGUCAGACCAGUUCCGCGAAAUCCUGAAACUCAACGAACCCAUCAAAGAAAUGUGCACGAAGCUUUUCAAAAACCAAAAGAGUCUCCUCCUCCUGGGCCGAGGCAGCCAGUUUCCAACGGCUCUUGAAGGUGCUCUGAAGAUUAAAGAAAUUUCUUACCUUCACUGCGAAGCUGUCAUGUCUGGCGAACUCAAGCAUGGUGUUCUCGCCCUGGUAGAUGAGAAUCUCCCCAUUAUUAUGAUUCUCACCCGUGACAAUAUAUUCUCUAAGUCCUUGAAUGCCUAUCAACAAGUCAUUGCUCGUGGUGGCAGGCCCAUUGUGAUAUGUAAUCAUGAUGAUCCUGAGUUCAGCUCUGCCCAGACAGAGAAGAUUGAGGUCCCGAAGACAGUCGAUUGCCUACAAGGGCUUCUCAACAUUAUUCCGCUGCAGCUAAUUGCCUAUUGGCUUGCCGUGGGAGAAGGACUUAACGUUGAUUUCCCUCGCAAUCUUGCAAAGUCUGUAACUGUCGAGUGAAUUGCUCUAAGGAGUCAUGCAACGGAAUAUGAACUGGGUGACCCCGGGUAAUUUUCUCUCAAUGUCACCCUUUCCGGCCUUUCUCUUAUGGCACUGUCGUUGUAUGUUCUUCUUCCCGGAUCUGAAAGUAAUAGUAGUAUUACCAGUGUAAUCGAUACCAAAUAAAGCAUCAUUGACUGAGAAUGCUGCUCAGGGGUUUCAGAUGGAUUUACAUCCCAUGAAGUUGUGACUCGACUAUCAAAAAAGAGAAGAGUCAAAAAGUAAUCUGCUAGACCUGCAUAUGUGCAUGUCUGACAAGCUCCUGCAGUGUCCGAAUUCUCCACCAGACACUACAGCAGCAACUCCUUGUAUGCAUGAUGAAUUGCAUACUACUGUUAGCCACUACGAAAAUAAAAGGAGCAGUGAUAUCUCUAAGAACUAGGGAUAUUAUGCAAUUCUACAUGGCCAAGCCCACUGUACAAUGUACGCUCUCUGAUAGUUGGCUUGUAGUGAAAAUCCUUAUUGUUAACAGGCAUGAUAAAGCUAAUUAAUAUCAAUAACCCAGACCACACCAUCCCUGCCGAUGUUUCGACUUACAAGAGCGCCGGGUCUUCUUAAUUGAAUCCUUCUGUUCCAUUAUAACUGCAGCAGUCCAACAUCGGAGUAGGAGUAUAAAGACUGCCAUCCUGCACGGACUCACUCUUUACAUAAUCUCUUAUACACCCCACUACAGCAGUACCGCCAGGCAUAGCUUCUGACACAUCGCUACUACAACUUACGAUAGAUUCAAGCAAGAUGACAUCUAUAAAAGGACCGGGCGCUGCUCAGACAUAUGAUGGUGAG